GUUCGGCGAAGGCCACUACUGGGAGACCCACUACGAGAAGGCAGCGGAGGAAGGUGAGGACGUUUAUGAUUGGCUGGUCGGCUGGACAGAGCUUCGGUGGCUGUUAGAGCCGCUAAUGGGCUUUGACAGCCAGCGGGCGGUUUUGCAUCUGGGCACUGGAAACUCGCCCCUUCCGGAGGAUAUGUAUGACGCAGGAUACUUCCAUCAAACUGCCGUGGACAUCUCCGAGGUAGCCAUGAGGCAGAUGUCGGAGAGAAACCGGGCCAGUCGGCCUGAAAUUCAGUGGCAGGCCGCUGACUGCCGCGACAUGGUGGACAUUCCAAGUGAAUCAUUCCCCUUGGUGGUGGACAAGAGUACAUUGGAUGCUUUCUUCUGCAACGAUCAGCAUGCGCUGGCCAUCGCCGAGUUCGUGAAGGAGGCCUAUCGAGUCACCUCGGUUGGUGGAGCCUUCAUCUCCAUCAGCAUGCACCGCCCGCCCGCGGUGCUUCCGUGGCUCCAGCACCGCGCUUUUCGUUGGACCGUUCAGGCCGUGCCCAUCGACAAACCCCGGGCCGAGACUUCGGGCAGGCCUGGCAGGAGCCACUGCCACGCCUACAUCUGCGGGAACAAGCGCCGCACCUCGGCCUCCUUGGAAAAGCACUGGCAAGACCUGGCCUCGCGCGUCCGCGCCCGUCCCGACUCGGACCUGAGCGGGAGUGACUAUGAUGCAACCUCCGACUCGGAGGAGGCAGAAGCAGAAUCGUGA